CCGUGCAUGAUCCUGUGGGCAACCUGUUAGGAGAGAGCAUAUAAAAAGGAUUCCGUCACGCUGAUAGGCCAACAAUCACGAUAUACCCGCCGACUGAUAAGCAUCACUCGUUUCUGUUCUGGAAAAAAUAGUUGGCGCUCACCAAACGAGCAACUAGUGUCAAAAUGUUCAAGUUACACGUGAUCUGUGUCAUAUUUCUGUUUGCCAUCCUAAACUGGAGCAGUGCUCUGCCCGUGAAGGACCAGGAAGUUGAGGAUUUAAUUUACAAACUGCAGCAACUCAAACAACUGAACGAUGUUUCCCAGAUUGCACCGACGGAUCUGCACAGAGGCGGCGGCGAGAAGGAGAGAAGCCACCUUGCGCCAGAUCCCAAUUCGGUUGGUUCGAUGAAAACCAAACGAUCUUUGAACAACUCCGACCGCCGAACGCUGCUGUACAACUACUACGCCCGUGGACUGGCCCCGAUGUACGACAAACGUAACUUUGACGAAAUCGAUCGCUAUUCCACCUUCGGAGGCAAACGCAACUACGACUUCAUGGAUCUGAACGACAGACAGAACACCGUCAAGCGCAACUUUGACGAAAUUGACCGACAUGCAGGCUUCAACUCGCGUUUGAGAAAUGACCGAAACAUGAAGCGCAAUUUUGAUGAAAUCGAUCGGUACGGCAAGUUCAACAAGCGCCUGUUCCGGGAAGUGGAGGAUUUCAAUGGUGCUGCGCCGAACAGCCACAUGCACGGCAGCAGUCUCGCGGACGAGAUGGCCGUUAUCAACGAAUACUCUCAGUAAAAGAAAAAAAAGACAGAAACGGAAAUCACCCAUCUAUCUACGCAAGGAAAAAGUUUACUAAGAAUCUCGCAGAACUGGACGAAUAACAAUCAAUUAUUUAGAUGAGGUUGGCGAAUGGUGGUUGAAUAGGUGUAUAAUUUUACGCGCGGUGAUGAUUGGCUCAGUAUUAACAUAAACGUUUUCAAACUGUUUUAAAUAUAUAUGAGAAUGAUGCAAUUGAAAUAAAGGCCAACACAGAUGUUUUGGAAUGUAAACGUUUAUUCAGCUAGCUAUGACAGUUAAAAUGUAAAAUUAAACUCAUUAGCAAUGAAAAGAUCAAUUUAAAAAUAACUGCAAAUAAACGCAAAA